AUGGUUUGUCUGAAGAGAUAUCUUGUCGGCGCUGCUGGCUUGUGCAUAGUCGCCGCCCAGAACUCGACCGCAUCCCCCAGCAAUGACCCCCCAAACCCUAUGCUUCAGCUGAGCCCGGACGACUCCUUCCACUUCGAGAUUCUUCGCACACUGUCGCUCUCCGUCGCCGAGGGGGCUGAUCUGGGCGAGGUGCUUGUCGCUGCGCAACAGAUCAAAGCCUCCGACUUUGAGAGCUACUACCAAGCCUUUAACAACCUUGCUGAGCGUGUCGACAAGCAAGGACAGGCAAUCGAUGGCAAAAAAUAUCCCACCUCGUUCCGCAGCAUGCGCCUCAAGGCGGCCAGCUACUUCCGCGCUGCCGACUUUUUCCUCCACGGCAACUGGAGUGAUCCCCGCAUCGACAGCCUUUGGGUGAAGCAGACAGCGGCUUUCAACGAUGCCCUGCCUCUCAUGGCCAAUCCUGGCCGCCGCACGACCCUCAAGUCUAAGGACGGCAAGUUCAAGAUCCCAGCCAUCUUCUACGGCACGGGCAAGCCUGGUCGCCACCCCACUAUCCUGAUGUGCAACGGCUUCGAUGGCUCUCAAGAGGAAAUGUUCCACAUCUUUGGCAAAGCUGCCCUCGACCGCGGCUACAACGUCAUUACCUAUGAGGGCCCUGGCCAACCCACCGUCCGCCGCGAGCAGAAUAUUGGAUUCAUCCCUGAUUGGGAGCGUGUCAUUACCCCCGUUGUUGACUAUGCGAUCUCCCUCCAAGAGGUUGAUCCCAAGGCCAUUGCUACCAUUGGCUACUCUCUGGGAGGCUACCUCGCUUCCCGAGCUGCCGCUUUCGAGCCCCGCAUCGCCGCUGUUGGUGCGAUUGAUGGUGUCUAUGACUUUGGCGGCACGUUUACCAGCCAACUUCCCCCCAUUGCGAAACAGUGGCUCGCGGAUGGGAACCGCAAAGACUUUAACGAUCUCUUCGCCCAGGCCCUUGCUGACCCCACCACACCCACCGGUAUUCGCUGGGCUGUCCAGCAGGGUCGCUGGUCCUUCAAGGCUGACGACUUCUUUGACUUUGCCACCCUUGUCCAGAAGUACACCUUGGAGGGUGUUGCUGAUAAGAUCAAGCAGCCCAUUUUCGUUGGUGACGCCGAGCUUGACCAGUUCUUCCCUGGUCAAGCCCAGCAGCUUGCCGAUGGCGCCACUGGCAGCUCCAACAAGGUCAUUCAUUACUUCAAGGCUGAUGAGGGUGCUGGCGAGCACUGCUCCGUUGGCGCCGCCGUCUACCAGAAUCAGGUCCUUUAUGACUGGUUUGAGGACGUUUUUCAUGGAAAGAAGUAA